GACAUGCUGCGUGUGCUUCGUGUCCGACUGACGACGCCAGUCGCAGCGUUGUUCUCGACGACAUCCACGAAGAAGCGGAACUUCAACGAGAUGGUGAAUGCUCUGCAUGUCUUUAACCAGAAACAUGGCCACUUUGUCGUACCGCCACAGUACCAGCACGUGCUCGAGGACGGCGCUACCAACGGCACUGCAGCCUCGGAGCCGUACCCACUCGGUCGAAAGCUGCGAGGACUGAUUCGCAAACUCACCAAAUUGUCGCCGUCCCAAAGAAAACAACUAGCGGCGAUUUCGUUUCCUGUCGAGUGGCAGACAUACUACUUGCGGCAGGUCAUCCUGCCCGCGCUCGCAACCUUCCAUAGCCGGUAUGGUCAUGUCCGCGUCCCUCUCACGUUUGUCGUGUGUAUGGAGCAUGCAGAAGAACAAGAUAUAGGCAAUCAUCGUCCAUGGCCUCCUGUAUGCGCCGGGCUUCGACUUGGCCAUCGCGUGAGCCAGCUCCGUAUGCACGCGGCCGACCUCGACGCCGACGACGUCGCCGCCCUCAACGCGCUGGGGUUCGUGUGGAACGUCUAUACCGACCGUCUGCACCAGGUCAUCCUCCCGGCCCUCGUCGUCUAUCAAUCUCUCCACGGGCAUCCCCACGUUCCGCUGCCAUUCGUUGUGCCUUCGGACGACUCGACAUGGCCCCAGUUCCUCCACAGGUUCCGCCUCGGGAAUGCCGUCCCAGCGUUGCGGUCCAGCGACGAUCCCGCCGUCCGCGCCGCCCUUGCCGCCGCCGGCAUCGACCUCACUCAGUCCAAAUCCGACUUCAAAUGGACGAGCCAAGUGCUGCCUGCGCUGGAAACGUUUGUGCGCUUACGAGGCCAUUGCGAUGUACCGCAGGCCUUUGUCGUGCCUGCCAACGACCCGGACUGGCCGGUCGCGACGUGGUCAUUGUCCCUCGGUCUGAUCGUUCGCAACGUGCGACGAGGCCACGCUUACGCCGGCGUCAUGCACAAGCAAGUGUUGACGUCGCUUGGGUUUCUGUGGAAUUUCUCCGACAAAUUGCACUUUCAAUUGCAUCGGCAGGUCCUGCCCGCCCUCGCGACGUAUCGAUCCGAGUUUGGCCACGUGAGUGUGCCCAGCACCUUUGUCGUGCCGGCGGCAGACCCGUGGCCCCGGCUGGCCCACGGGUUCGCCCUCGGGGGGUGGAUCGCCCGACGGCGGACGGACGUCGGGACCUUGCCGCAUGAGACGCGGUUCCUUUUGGAAGAAGCCGGACUCACGUGGCGCCACUUUGACGUCCGGUUCCAGCAACUCGUGUUGCCAGCGUUUCAAACGUAUGCGACCGUGCACGGCAGUUGCCGUCACAUGUCGACGGCGUUCGUCGUACCGAGCGAAGCCCCGUGGCCGGCCAACACGUGGGGACUCAAUUUAGGUGGCACGUUGUGGCACAUUCGGAACGGCGACAGCUUUGUCAGUGACCCUAACAAACGGCGGAUGCUGCGGCAAUUAGGAGUCCUCGAGUGAUAGCUAACUACUUCGAAGUACAAAAUAUGGCUACCUAUCCUGGCUGAAAUCAGUGAAAAAUCGC